AUGGAAAAUCCGCUACAUGUGACAGUGUCCAUGGUACCGUCACGUGUUAAACGUUCGCUAGAUUUACGUGAUAUGAUGGACGAACUACCGAUGUUAGCAACGCUUAAGGACCACAAAUGGAUGGACAGACUGCCGCGCAAUUUGUUUCGCAAGUUGAAGAAGAACUCGCCCAAUGACGUUUCGGAUACAGACACGACACUAUUAUCGCCUGGAUUUUUACCAACGCCACGAACGGCCAGAGCCAUGUCAGUAUUGGUGCCUCAGCCAAAUGAUGAGGUUCUGGAAGCAUUGGACGCUCGGUUCUUUACAGAAACUUUUGACCCUGUUGCAAACUUGUUGAAAAAUCUUCCAGAGAGUAAAAAUCAACUGAAUGUGUUCAUGCGCACAGAAAUCAGUGCAGUCGAUGUGGCAAAAGAUGUUAUCUUGAUGAAAUUGCAAGAUGAAGUACGAGCAAAUUACAGUUCAUUGAUUCAAGGUAUGAAGGUGGUACAGGAAGUUGAUCUCGAUUUAAUACGAGCACAAAUCCACGUUAAGAACGGACGUCGCCUUCUUGCAACAACGAAAAACGAUCUCGUUCUUAGCUCUUUAGCAAUUGUGAAAACCAAGCGAAACCGCGAUCGUGUUAGUGAGAUCAUCAGAAUUGGAUUACAAAUUGUCCAGCUCUUUGAUGAUGAAAAGAAAAUGAAUGUGGCCCUGCAAGAACACCGGUUCAUCACUGCUGUCAAUAUUUGCAUAGGCCUUCGGAAAAGGUUAUCGCACGACUCGUUGCAGGGGCUUACGAUUGUGAAAGAUAUCCGAUUCCGGGUAAACGACUUUAUUCCAAGAUUGAGGGAGCUGUUUGAUCAGUCGCUGCGGAAAGUCGCUGAGCACUUCGACCCGCUCGAGUAUAAAGAUUUACUGCAGGCAUACGUCACAUUAGCGGACCACUCUGAAAAUCUCGGCUUUGAGUUCUCGUCAUAUACGCUGACCGAAGUGCUGUCCAAUAUCCCUGAGAUUAUUGUCCGAUCCAUCGACGGUAUGAAAACUGCGUUUAUACGUCGAGUUUUCGAAGCCGUGUCGCCAACAACAACUAAAAAUGAAAGGGAGACCAAUCAGAUUGAACAGAUAAACACAAGCAAGAAUGGCGAACAUGCAGAUGUAGCACUAACGCCGGCGUCCCAAACAGUCGAAAGAAUCAAGCGUUGCUAUGAGCACCUCGCUGGUCUGAUGCACACUUACUAUUUAUUGGUCCAGUGGCAUCGGGACCCAUUUAACCCGCUCAACGACGACAUUGCUUACCUUCAUCGCUGCGGAAUUGACGAUGAUGACGAUGAUGAUGAGGAUGAUGAUGAUGAUAGUGACGAUGACCAUCAUGGGAAAGAGUGUCAUCAUUCCCACUUUUCAAAGAACCGCCCUGCAAGCAAUCGAUCGAAAGAGCCUGAGUCCCCAUCGCGUCAUAUGAGAGAUAAUGGACUCAAUCACUCUAGCUCACAAAGGUCACGGUAUGAUCAAGUCCUAUGUGAUACCGGCAUGACUUUGCUGAAGUAUCGCAAGAUCGUUUGGGAAAAUAUGCAGCAAAAUGUGCUGGAGAUGAUUAAAAAGCUGGACACGUCGUAUGGCUAUCAGAUGGAACAUAUUAUUGCUCUUUCACUAGCGACGACAACGUUUAAUGAGAUUGGGGAGGAAUUUACCGGUGCUCCCUCGUCAAAGAUUGGGUCAGUUCUUCGAGUCAAAUGUGAGCAGUACCUGCAUGCGUUUCAUGACGACAAUAUUGAAUUAGCUCGAAUGCAUCUGGACACAGAAAACUGGCUUCGCAUCACUACACCGUCGACGGAUGGUGACGAUAAAGUAGGCCUUCUUCGACUGAUCGAGAAGCGAAGUGGAUACUUUUUUGAACGGAAGAGUCGCAAAGACCUUGCAGUCGACCCUAUUUAUUUGAGACGAGUGUUUCCAUCGUUUCAUACCGAAGGAAAUCCAUUUAGCGCUGCCAAUUCGAUGGAGUGGCUCUCUAUGAAGCAAGGUAUCCGCUUUUGCCAUGAAACUAAUGGCGGCGAAAAUUGUGGGAAUAAGACAUCACCGCCAGAGUAUAAUAAUCAACGACUUCCUGUCAUGGACCCUAACGAAUCAGAAUUCGUAUUGACUUCGUCCAGUCUUGCAGGCUUUGUCCGGCUGUGUGGUGUUUACUUGAAAAUGAUGGAGCACCUUCCGCACAUCAGCUGGGAUGUGUUACGCUCGUUGAACUAUCUGUUCGAGUUCAACUUGUAUGUUGUUUUCACCAACUUCAUUACGCCAGACGACAUCACACAGUUUUUUCACGGUAUGCGUGGAAGUUCGACCAAGAACGAUGCAACGCGGUGGAAUGAGCUACGCACUGCAAUUUGUCGUAUAGCAGAUGAAAUUAAUGCUGGUGAAGUACUGCUCCAAUCGUCUGCAUGGAUCUACCCGUCGACAACAGACGGAAGUAUGGAUCAGCAGCAGAACUCGCCUAUGUCGAGGAAAGUUACGCUGCGUAAGGUGACUCGAACACCCUCGGCCGUUGAGGAGAGCAAUUCUUACGCGUUAGCUGAACGAUCAAUUGCUUGCGAAGCAGUGGUCGGUCAGUCCAGACUGCUGAAUGCUAUCAAAGCAUUAGCUCGGUCGUAUCUUCCUGAUCGGUACCUUUGCCUCAUGGAUGAAAUGUAUGAACGAAACUACACUGUGGCACGUGAACUUCGCAGCUUCAUGCACAGUACAAUUGCAACGAGACUUGUGGACAUCCCAGCCCUGCUGGAAUCAGUAUUUGCUGUAUCUUGGGACAUUACCUACAUCAGUGAUCAGCACAACGAGUAUAUCGUGCAUUUGGUACAACAAUGUGGAGAAGUAUGGGAAGGCCUUCAAAUUCUGGCGAACGGAUCCAUUCCAAUCGACGCGCGCGAGGAUAUUUGGGCAGCCAUGGUACAAACUAUGAUAGAUACGCUGUUGCAAGCAUUUUCGACGGCCUCCAAUCCAACCCCUCAAGGUCGUGCACUCAUGUUGCUGGACUUGCAUGCGCUCCUGAAUGGUCUCGAUCGGAUUAACCAUAUUAGCUCUCGAGCUGUGCCUCGCGGUCGCGAGCAUGUGGGUAAUUACAUCAAGGCCUUCUACUAUGACGAAUACGAGCUCUUGAAAUGGGUUCAAGAUAACAAGACGUUGUACUCGAAGGUCCUAUUUGCCAACCUGCUCAAGAACGGCAUCGGAUCGACGCUAGAGAUUAAGAAACUCCGCGAGCUUGUCUUGGAGAUUGACACAAUUGUUGGCUAA